GGCUGCUUCUCGACGCGCACCUGCCUCCUCGCCCCGCCCUCCGCCCACCCUCGCUCUCUGCGCCCAGUCGUGCUCGUCGUCCGUCGUCGCUCCUUCUCUGCACCUCGCGCCUGCGCUACACCUCUCCUUCUCCGCCCGCUCCAGAGCUGCGUCUGCGCCAGCUCGGCGUGCUCCUUGCCCCUGUCGCUCUGCAGCAGCGCCGCUUCUCCGCCCACGUCGCACCCGCGGCCACGCCAUCGCAGCAGCCCGCUCGUCCUGCGCACGCCGCACUUGCCGCUCCUCAGCUUGCCGCCUCCGCGCUGCCAGCUAGAGCGCUCCUCUGCGCCCGCUCCGCCCGCCUCCGCGCUCGUCCCUGCCUGCACUCUGCACAGCUGCCUCGCGCCACGCGCCCGCCGCCAGCAUGUUCAAGUCCUUCGGCAAGAUGAUGGGCGGCUCGUCGAAGAAGGGCAAGAAGUCGGGCGAGUCGAGCGACUACGGCAACGACGACAGCGGCAGCGUCGCCGCGUCGCAGGACAGCUUUGGGCGCUCGAGCAAGGCGCGCGACUCGGUCGCCUCGACGGCGGCGGCGUCGGAGAACGGCAACGGCAAGGGCCGUGGCCGCAGCGGCAGCGCAGCGACGGCGGCCGAUGAUCCCGCGCACCCGCAGCGCAUCGAGAAGCACGGCGGCCUCAGCCGGCACGAGAGCCCGCUGCCGUCGCCGUCGGGCUCGCAGGCUGAUGGCCUCAACGGCAACGGCAUGCCCAACACGCCGACGCCGGGCCGCAGCGACAGCGGCGAGUCUCCAGCGCCCGGCGGCUCCGCAGCUGCUCAGGCCGCUGGCGCGGCUGCCAAUGCGCCCGCCGGCAUUCCCACGACGCAGACGAUCCUGGCGAAUCCGCUUGGCGCCUCGGGCUCGGUAGUGGCGCCGGCCUCGGCAGGCGCACGGGGCUCCAUGGCCGGCAGUGCUGGUGCAGGCGCAGGCGCAGGCGCAGCUGGCGAAGGGGUGCGCACGUUUGACAUCGACGACAUGAUCACGCGGCUGCUCGAGGCGGGCUACUCGACGUCAAAACUGCCCAAGCCGGCACUCAAGAACGCCGAGAUUACGGCCGUCUGCACGGCUGCGCGCGAGGUGUUUCUCUCGCAGCCGACGCUCAUCGAGCUCUCGCCGCCCGUCAAGAUUGUCGGCGACACGCACGGCCAGUACCAGGACCUGCUGCGGCUGUUCGAGAUGUGCGGCUUUCCGCCGCAGGCAAACUACCUCUUCCUCGGCGACUACGUCGACCGCGGCAAGCAGAGUCUCGAGACGAUCCUGCUGCUGCUCUGCUACAAGAUCAAGUACCCCGAGAACUUCUUCCUGCUGCGAGGGAAUCACGAGUGUGCCAACGUGACGCGAGUGUAUGGCUUCUACGACGAGUGCAAGCGGCGCGUCAACAUCAAGAUCUGGAAGACGUUCAUCGACGUUUUCAACACGCUGCCCAUCGCCGCCGUCGUGGCGUCCAAGAUCUUCUGCGUGCACGGCGGGCUGUCGCCGUCGCUCUCGAACAUGGACGACAUCCGGCGCAUCGAGCGUCCGACGGACGUGCCCGACUACGGCCUGCUCAACGACUUGCUCUGGAGCGAUCCGUCAGACACGGCGCUGGACUGGGAGGACAACGAGCGCGGCGUGAGCUACUGCUUCGGCAAGGCCGUCAUCCAGCAGUUCCUCGCGCAGUACGACUUCGACCUCAUCUGCCGCGCGCACAUGGUCGUCGAGGACGGCUACGAGUUCUGGAACGAACGCACGCUCGUGACGAUCUUCAGUGCGCCGAAUUACUGCGGCGAGUUCGACAACUUCGGCGCAGUCAUGAGCGUGUCGGAAGACUUGCUCUGCGCAUUCGAGCUGCUCAAGCCCCUCGACGGCGCGGCGCUCAAGAAGGAGAUGGCACGGAGCCGCAGAAAGUCCUCGUCUGCUGCCACGACGCAUCAAUCGCCGCCGGCACGAGGAUCCUACUGAGCAUACACGCCUCUCGUCUUCGCAUCUUCGCGCACGAUGCAGCCUUGCGCCGCAGCUCCACCGCGCGCAGCCUGCGCGGAGCUCGCGUCCCUGCCGCCGUGCGCCAGAGCCGGCAAGCAUGCCUCGCCCAUGCGUCGCAUUCCCAGCAGCAUCUCGACCGAGGCGUUGCAUCGCCAUUGCACGCGCCGGCCUCGUCACUGCGCACC